AAAAGUAAUCUUGUAUAGCUGUCAAGUCGUACCAGUUUUAACCAAAUAUUAAAUGUUUACUUUAAUGAUUACAACAAUUCAUUACAAAGUACUACGUUGCAAUAUUUAGGUUGAGCAUUGUUGCUGCAAUAUAAGCGGAUAUUUUCAUUUAUGAAGCAGGUUCAUAAUGCUUGCCAAAAGAAAUGUUGACCCUAAAUUAGAAAAAUUGAGAAACGAAAUAGAUGGACCACCGAAUUUGGAUACACUCAUAUUGAAUUUUGUGAGACAGACGUCGCGCAUUCAUGCAGGUUAUUUAUUUAAUCCUGAAGGAGAACAAUUGCGUCGCGAACUAUGUCUUGCGUUGAGUUCCACAGAUACAGGGAAGGUUUAUAGUAACUGGCAAGAUUUUGGAGCAGCACUUGGCCUUACAAUUGAGCAGAUACGUGCCAUAAAGUAUUACUUCAUAGGACCAGAAGAUCCAACAUAUUUUGUACUAUUGACUUAUGUACAGUCCUUCGAUUCUACUUUGGAUAAAAUUAUAUUCAGUUUACAGAAGAUCAACCGUCUUGAUGUUAUUAAUAGGAUUAAAGAUCACAUUGAAAAUUUAAUUAAAGCUCUUGCUCAUAAAGGUUCAGAUAUUAAACGAGUAAACUUUAUGAAACGAGCACCAGAGAUUUUGAGACCACCAAAACAAGGUAAAGAAAUAUCAAUUAAGAAAAUUGAAGACAAAGGAAUAAAACCACAAAGAAUAGAGUCAGGACAACAUUAUAAUAGCAUAGUACUACUUUCUUUUGCUAAGAAUGAUUUACAAACGGCAAAUCGUAUUGCCAAACUAUUUAGGAACAAAGAACCAAAAAUUGGAGUAAUUAUUCUACAGGAACAAGAAGAAUAUGUAUUCAGUAGAGGUGAAGAGUUCAUUGAUGAUUGCUUGGCGCAGGUUCAUUAUAUUGUACCCAUACUCACGGUAGACUAUAUAAGAGCAAUGAACAGUUCCAUUUCUCAAGAAACGCUAUCACUUAUGGAACUUGACCACAAGUAUCUUAAAUAUAUUUAUACAAUGAUACGAAACAAAUUUGCCCGCAACUGUCUGAAUAAGCAAGUGAGAUGUAUUAUACCAGACAAGGAAAUCUCCGAGGUACUAAGAUUUGAACUUAAUCCUGUUCUAAAGGUAUGGUUUAGAGAAAGUGACAUUGAUAUCAUAGCAGAGAAGAUAAGUUUGAAAAAAUGUUAAUUUGUUAUUAAAGAAGAAAAAAUAUUAAAUUGAACUUACUCUCUUGUAAAAUAUUCUCCAUAUGAUUCUUCCAUAUGAUUCAACCCAUUAGCUGCUUGAUCGCUAAUAUCAUAAUAUAUUUUCAAUACCUCAGUGCAUUGUUCCUGGGAUGAAAUAUUCCCAUGCACGUCCACAAACGUAUACUUGGUGAAGUCAUUAAUAUUUCUUGAAGAGUCUAACAAAUUGAGAGGAGAUGCCAAAUCGAAGACCACAUUAUUACGUUCACCGUGAACCCACUGUGCUCCUAGUUCCACAACAUUUUCAG